AGCUGACCGUUUGACAUUUGACAGUGACAGUAAAGUGUCAAAUUGUUGAAGAUGGUUGAACGAAUUAAAAUCAACUUUCUUCGUUAAUAACUACCAAAAUAAACAAUGAUCUAGAAUAUUUUAUACCAUUAUCGUAAAGACUAUUUGUUCAUAUAUUCAUCUUCUAUAAAAUGGGUGAUAGUAGCGAUUCAGAGGAGUUUUUUGACGCUGAAGAGUUCACACCCGUCAAGGGAUCAAAGAGAUCAUCAAUAUGCAAGAAUAUAAAUGUAACAGACAGUUCCAAUGGAGAAAAGGAAAGAAAACAGACCAAAACUAAUGAUUUACAAGCUGUUGGUGUUACCAGCACUCCAGUAUCAGAGAACACAGUGUUGCAAGAUGACAGAAAUACUGUGAAAAAUGUUGUGCAAGGUCGUAAACGAUUUCAAGAGCUACGUCGGUGUAUGCAGACAGAGGAAGAAGAUGAGCCUGACCCUGGUGCCCCUGUAUCAGCUCCGAUGGAACACCCAUUCAAAAUUAUAUCUCAUGAUACGAUGAGCUUGCAAAGUAUGACGUCACUCGGCAGAAUUGGAAGAAUUUUGAGUGGAGUGGCAGAUUCACAUCAAAAUAUUCGUGAAUCGACCUUUGCGCCAUCAGCUUCAUCAAGAGAACCUUCAACUAUAUCAGAUGAUCCUUUGAAUGUGGACAGAAACCAAACAAUUGCGCUAGCGAUGGCGGAGCCGGACGUGAUCGCGAGCACGAAGGCGAACAGCCUGAAGCAGAGCCGCGCCGGCGCCGUCGUGGCCGUCAGCGGCGCCGAGCCGCGCCCCGUCGCGCCGCCGCGCCGCAAGAAGAGAAACAAGCUGCACGGGUCGCAGUCGCUAUCGACGACGGAGGGAGACAACUUAAGCGUAUCGGACUCACACAGGCCACUCGACGAUUUAUUGGUGGAGCCUCUCUCUAAUACAGUGAAUCAAACGAUGUCACUGCCAAGUCCAGCUAGCACAAUAGAGUCAUUGACCAGGGAGUUCCAAGACUCGUUGGAGUUAUCACAAUCCAAAUACGCAGCGGAUAUGUCCUCACUCAGCGUACACGAGUCCCGUUCAAGCGAGCGCGCCAGCACCUCUUCCAGAAGCAGCACCGCCACCUCCUUGAGGCCUCUACCUCAUCACUCCACAUUAGACAUUAAAGAAGCCGUUAAAGGAGACUACGUGGUGCGACCACAGGACGAGGAACGGGCGCGCGGCGGGGUGGGGGACGGAGGGGAGGGAGAGGGCGCUGCUACCGGCGGCGGGGCUGGCAGUGGAGGGUCGGCCCGCACGCACAGCGAGGGACGACCGCCCACCACCGGCACCUCCAGUCUAGGCUCCGCGACCAGGCGCGGGUCGGGCGCGCGCGCGCGGCGGCGCUCGGCCGGCGACCCCCCGCAGGGCGCGGCGCUGGGCCCGCAGCUGUCCGACAUCGAGAUACUGGAGCAGGUCACCGUGCUCAACCUGGACACCGGCGAACGCAUGCCUCUCAGCGUGGCUGAACACAAAUUACCGCAAUGCAUCAACCCGCUAAGUUUACACAUAAUGCGCCUCACAUCCGAGUACAUUGGACGCACGAACGACGACGAACACACGAGUCCGAAGAGCAAACCAAAGAAUAUAUGGAGGAAGAGAGCCUCGAUCAGUAUAUCAAGCACUUCCUUCAGCCUUUUGAAGCGAUCUCCGUCCACGCCCAUACAACCUGCAAUAUCAAUCCUCAGUAUAGACACUAGAGAAACUGAUGAAGAGAGCGAAAGCGUCUGCGCUGGCGGCGCUGAGGAUGAAAUGAAGGAGAUAAAGAAGGAAGGAACAGACAGACAGACGACCGCCAUCAAGAGGAAGACUGAGAAAUUAAAGCGGUUCUUCGGAAGUACGGUUAAGAAGACCGUGGACGCGGCCAAGUCGCUGGCGCAGGAGGUGUCGCACGCGCGCCACAAGGAGGACGUGGCCGACAUCGCCGACGACGUGCGCGGCGAACACAACAUCAAGCUCAAGGCCUCCAACUCGCACAAGGGCCCGUACGACUUCGACGGAUGCGUUCGUUACGUUCAGGAGAUGGGCGCGGGCGAGGCGGGCGAGGCGGGCGCGGAGGCGGGCGGGCACGCGGGCGCCGUGUGGUGCUGCAAGUUCAGCGUGUGCGGCCGCCUGCUGGCCACGGCCGGCCAGGACCGCCUGCUGCGCAUCUGGGUCACGCGCGACGCGCACCGCAUGUUCCAGGACAUGCGCACGAAAUACAACGCGAAACAGAAGGCCUCCCCUACCCCCUCCCAGGAGUCGCUCGCUUCGCUGGCCGCCCCUCCCCCCUCGCCGGAAGACCAGCCGCCCAUCGGCCCCUCCGCGCCCUUCUGUCCGAAACCCUUCUGUAUCUACUCCGGUCACACUUCCGAUCUUCUGGACGUUUCCUGGUCGAAGAACAACUUCAUCUUGUCGAGUUCUAUGGAUAAGACUGUGAGAUUGUGGCAUAUUUCGAGAGGGGAGUGUCUGUGCUGUUUCCAGCACAUAGAUUUUGUGACCGCGAUAGUGUUCCACCCCCGAGACGACAGGUACUUUUUAUCGGGAAGUCUAGACGGGAAGCUGAGGCUCUGGGAUAUCCCUGAUAAGAAGGUUGCUGUAUGGAACGAAGUCGACGGCAAAACGAAACUAAUAACAGCCGCGAACUUCUGCCAGAACGGAAAAUUCGCAGUCGUCGGCACAUACGACGGACGGUGCAUUUUCUACACAACGGACCAACUCAAAUACCACACACAGAUCGACGUACGAUCCACGAGAGGGAAGAACUCAACCGGCAGGAAGAUCAGCGGGAUCGAACCGAUGCCCAAUGACGAUAAAAUCUUAGUCACCUCCAACGACAGUCGCAUCCGACUCUACGACUUGAGGGACCUGAAUUUAUCUUGCAAAUACAAAGGGUACGUGAACGUGUCCAGUCAAAUAAAGGCGUCCUUCUCACACGACGGUAAAUACAUAGUGAGUGGUUCCGAGAACCAGUGUAUAUAUAUUUGGAAGACGUGUCACGAUUACUCGAAGUUCACGUCAGUCAGGAGGGAUAGGAACGAUUUCUGGGAGGGUAUAAAGGCCCAUAAUGCGGUGGUCACGUGUGCCGUCUUCGCGCCGAACCCGGACCAUAUGAUCAGGAUGAUAAAUGAGAGGGAGGAGAAGAUGAAUGCUAACGCCCACAAAACGAUGGACGAGAAGGAUGAAGUGAAGGCAGCCGAAGGCGGCAUGGUGUCUUCCUCUCAGACGGGUCACGUGCUCGUGAGCGCGGACUUCAACGGCUGCAUCAAAGUGUUCGUGCACAAAGCCAAGCCCAAACACAGCUCGCUGCCCGCCUCCGCUCUCGCUUAAUGCUACAGCCAUACGUGACACGAUACAAGACGACAGCGUUCUGUGGAACCACUCUGCGAACCUGGGCACUCACUUACGGCUGAAGCGUUUGAUGUAGUCAUGACGUCACUGGUGGACUGGAGCCUCGGACGUGCUCAAGAACUUGAGUCCAAUUCUAUUUAAAAAAAAAUCUUUCUUCCACUCCAUGUCGUUAUGUCGUUAUAAUCUCGCGUCGACGUAUUCGUUAUACAGGCUUCCUGCUUGCCAAAACAAUCUUCAUUAAUGUCAAAACUCACUUGACACAUUAAAUACUUACACUUCUAAGUGAGUACCCGGUUUAAGAACUAAUUUGAAAUUCGACGUCGAACUCCAUUGUGUAUUGUCAAAAGUUGAUACGUAAAAUUGACUGUAAUCAUAUUUAACGUAUACGUAUCAAAAUUAUGUCAAACGAUAAGCUUAUAAGUAUUUUACGAUCGGUUUGAACGUUCGGAGUCAAAUUAAUUUCUUAAAGAAUAUCUUCGUUUAUUGAAUAGUCUGUUACACCACGACUUGGUAUUAUGCUUAAGUUAGAUUUUUCUAACAUAUUUAAAGAUUAAAUUUACUUGACAGUCUCUAGUAAACAAUUAACAAAUUCCAAAUAAAAUCCUUUACAUUGUAAAAAGCACAUAAGCUAUAAGUUCUAACUGCGCAGUUAAUUUAAAAUCGCUAUUGGUUUUCGCGGUUUGUGUUUUUUAUUGAAGAAUAUUAUGUUUAUCUUUUCUGUGGUUAGUUAAUGUUAGCACUUUUUGUGGAAAAAAAAAACAUCAAAUCAAAACCCCUUUUAAAGGAAAUAAAAACGCAUAUCAUUCAGUAUAUAAAUUAAAACACUCAACAGGAUUAUUAAAUGUUAUGUCUAUCGAAUGCCAAGAAGUGGUGACAGAUCAAUAAUUUCAUUUAUUUGAAAUCGUACAAAAUAUUUUACAAGAGUAACUUUAAAGUAUUUUAUACUAAGAUAAAAAUGUGCAAUAGAAUCUUAGAUCCCUCUUACAAUAUCUCGGAUUAAGUGUUAUGUCGAAAUAAAUGUUAAUAUAUUAAGUAAUAAAAUGACACUAAAAAUACGCGGGAAAAAAUGGACAGAUUAAAAAUAUUUUCGUGAAUAAUUAUGAAAAAUGUUUGUCUUUUUUUAUAAUUGUAUAGAAUUAUUAAUUAAUUGCUAAGCUUCGUACACAUGUGAUAUAUGUGCGCAAACUUUAAAUUUAACUAUAAACUAUUUAUGUCAUUUAAAUAUUGUACUUGAAAUGAUUAUUUAUAGAUAUUUAUAACUAUCAAAAUGAGGUGCAAUUAAUUGUUAU